AUGGAUGACCAGGUCGGCGAUGGUAGCGCUGGCUGCAGUGGCCGGGCUGAGCUGGUGGAACAUGGCGAUGUUUGCACACCUUUCCUCGAGCAUGCUGCAUCGAUCAUCGUCCCUGGACGCCAGAGCACUCCGAUCGCUCUCGGAGACUGCGAGAAUGCAGGGGAUCCUUCGCAGGAUGACGAAGGAGAUGGAAGGGAAGAUAGGAGCGCUCAUGAAUACCUUGCUACCGACUCAGCUCAUCAUGCAAUAAGUCAGAUUCGUAUGUCAGAAGCGCCAGGGAACGCAACUAGAGCGAUGACAGCUACUCUGUUUGUGUCCAACCCUCGUGGACAGCAGCUCCUCAAAGAUCUCCCUAUAGCUGUAGUGGCCUACAACAGAGAGAUGUAUUUGCGAAGGUGCCUGACGUCGUUGCUGUCUGUGCGAGGUGUCAAACGCUCGAGCAUCACGGUCUAUCAAGAUGGCUUCGAAGCAUCGACUUCUCAGGCUGCCACCUCCAUGGGCGUCGCGAUAAAGCAUCAUGUCAGAAAAGAGCUGAAAGAAUCUGCCGCCUACAUUGCAGACCAUUACAAGUUCGUUCUGAGUGAUGUCUUUGCCGACGAGUCAGUGCAGAAAGUGAAAGAGAAGGAAAACAGUUGUCCUCAGCAUGACCUUAUUGUAGUGAUGAAAAAAGACGCCACCGUCUACUGCGUCUCAGCCUACAACGACAAUGGCUUCGAGACGCUUGCCCUGGACUCCAGUCAAGUCUAUCGGACUGAAUGGUUCAUCGGGCUGGGCUGGCUGGCCCUGCGGGAGAUCGUGACGCAUGAAUGGCUUCCACACUGGCCGGAGACUCACUGGGAUCAUUGGCUGCGUGAAGAUGAACAGAGGAAGGGCAGAGAAUGUCUGUUUCCAGAGCCGACUGAAGCUGAACGACCUGCCGGAUCACAUCCAGAUGGUAUCGCACGCAUUGAUAUUGUGAUGUUAGUGAAUGGGUCGGAGGUCUCGCCGGAGAGCCUCUUGCUGGGCAACUACGAGGAGAUGCUGGGCAACAUGCUCGCUGCGUCUCAUGUCGUCCGGAAUCUCAAGGAGCUCGAUCUCAUAACCGAGUAUCAAUCUUGCUCCCAGCCCUGGGUGGUGUACUAUGAAGGCGGUCUGUCGAAUCACACCCUCAACUCUCAAGGUCACAUCACUUCGUCCACCCCCUGGAAACCGAUAUCAAACUUCUUCGGCCUUUGGCAUGAGCCCAGGCGAGGGAUCCACAGGGGACUGCAUCGUUUUCACUUCCGGAACAAGUGCGUCUUGCUGGUAGACGCCUUCUCUGUUUAUGCUCGGAACCACAUGCCGCGCGAGUACGUAACCUCUCCUUGCUUUCCCCAGUCUGACUAG